AUGCCCCGGGCGGUGGCCCUGCCUUCCAACGCCGAUCAGGUAAGCCAGGUACUGGCCCUUGCCUACCGCGAGGGCGUGCCCGUGGCGGGACGGGGGUCGGGCACCGGUCUCAGCGGCGGAGCGCUGGCGGCCCCGGGUGGCAUCCAGAUAGCCUUUCCCCGAAUGAACCACAUCCUUGAGGUGGACACUGAGAACCGCACCGCCACCAUCGAGCCUGGAGUGAUAAACCUGGACCUGGACACCCAUGUCCGCAAGUUUGGCAUGCGCUACGCUCCUGACCCCUCCAGCCAGAAGGCUUGCAGCCUGGGCGGCAACAUCGCCGAGAAUGCCGGUGGGCCGCACUGCCUGGCCUACGGCACUACCACCAACCACGUCCUGGGCAUGGAAGUGGCCCUUGAGGAUGGCACCGUGGUCCAGUUGGGCGGCCAGUCCCGGGAAGUGCCUGGGUAUGACCUGCGGGGUGUCUUUGUAGGCUCCGAGGGGACAUUUGGAAUCGCAACCAAGAUCACGGUACGGUUGCUGCCCCUUCCUGAAACAGUCAAGACCUUUUUGGGCAUUUUCCCCGAUAUUGAAUCGGCCUGCAGCGGGGUUUCGGCGGUCAUAGGUCACGGCAUUGUUCCGGCGGCCCUGGAGAUGAUUGACGCCCUGAGCAUCCGGGCCGUGCAGAAUGUCACCGACGCAGGCUAUCCGGAAGACGCGGGGGCCGUGCUCCUCAUCGAGCUUGAAGGUUUGUGGGAAGAAGUGGAUGAAGUCAGCCGGGAAGUGGAGUCUGCCCUUUGGGAGACCGGCGCCAGCGAUGUUCGGAUUGCGGAAGAGGACAGCGAACGAGAGCGCCUCUGGCUGGGCCGGAAGACGGCUUUUGGCGCCUUUGGGACCAUAGCUCCUAACUACUACCUGGUGGACGGCGUGGUGCCUCGUACUCGCCUGACCCAGGUUCUGCGGAAGGUGUCUGAGGUGUCAGAGAAGUACGGCAUCAUCAUUGCCAAUGUCUUUCACGCCGGCGACGGCAACCUGCAUCCCUGCAUGCUGUUCGACGAACGGGAACCUGGAGUCAAGGAAAAGGCCAUGGCCGGCGCCUCGGAGUUGAUGGAAUACUGCGUGGAAAUGGGCGGCAGCCUCAGCGGCGAGCACGGCAUUGGCCUGGAAAAGAAGCAGUUUAUGCCCCUCGUAUACACGGAACAGGACAUGGCAACAAUGAAACUGGUCCGCGACUCCUUCGCCCCCGCCAACCGCCUCAAUCCGGGCAAGAUUUUCCCUGACGGCGAAGAAUUCGAGCCUGCCGUGCAAGCAACGCCGCGGCAAGCUGACCCGGGCAUGUAUGUUUAG